AUGUGUGGACGACGACUGUUGAACCUGGUGACCAUCGGUUGCCUUUUGGCCACCGCUCUAUCGCUUCCGGCCACCGCGAAUGAGGAGUUCGACGAGGGUCUGCCUGAGUCAGAGUUCGACUACGAGGAGAGGCACACUCGGGAAAUUCCAUCACAGGCCUAUGCCGCUCCGGUCGUUUACAAUUCGCAGUCCAGCUAUUCGGCGCCGAAGGACCAAGGAUACUCUGCUCCUGCUGCACCGGUUUAUUCAGCGCCUGCAGCUCCAGCCCCAUCGUACUCAGCACCUGCGUCGCCUAGCUAUUCUGCCCCCGCUGCCGCAUCGUAUUCCGCACCUGCAGCUCCCUCGUAUUCAGCGCCUGCUGCUCCAUCUUAUUCAGCGCCUGCUGCCCCUUCGUAUUCAGCUCCUGCUGCCCCAUCGUAUUCGGCACCUGCAGCUCCAUCUUAUUCAGCGCCUGCUGCCCCAUCGUAUUCAGCUCCUGCUGCCCCAUCGUAUUCGGCACCUGCAGCUCCAUCUUAUUCAGCACCUGCAGCUCCUUCAUAUUCAGCUCCUGCUGCCCCAUCCUAUUCGGCACCUGCUGCUCCAUCUUAUUCAGCGCCUGCUGCCCCAUCGUAUUCUGCUCCUGCUGCUCCUUCAUAUUCAGCUCCUGCUGCCCCAUCGUAUUCGGCACCUGCUGCUCCAUCUUAUUCAGCGCCUGCUGCCCCAUCGUAUUCGGCGCCUGCUGCUCCAUCAUAUUCAGCUCCUGCUGCUCCAUCAUAUUCAGCUCCUGCUGCCCCAUCGUAUUCUGCUCCUGCUGCUCCUUCAUAUUCAGCUCCUGCAGCCCCAUCGUACUCAGCACCUGCAGGUCCUUCAUAUUCCGCGCCUGCUGCUCCCUCGUACUCGGCACCUGCAGCUCCCUCGUAUUCAGCGCCUGCUGCACCAUCAUAUUCAGCUCCAGCAGCUCCAUCGUAUUCAGCACCAGCAUCGCCCAGCUAUUCUGCCCCUACUGCCCCCUCGUAUUCAGCGGCAAAGGCUUCAUCGUACUCAGCUCCAGUUGCUCCAAGCUAUUCGGCACCUGCAUCAUCAUCAUAUUCAGCUUCUCCUGCCCCAAGUUAUUCAGCACCCAAGGCUCCUUCUUACUCGGCUCCUGCUGCUCCCUCAUAUUCAGCACCUGCUGCACCAUCUUAUUCGGCACCAAAGGCUCAGUCAUACUCCGCGCCAACAUAUUCAGCUCCUGCAUCUUCUGGAUAUUCAUCAGCACGUGCUUAUUCUGCGGGCUCAGCAGCACCAGCAUCCUCUGGAUAUUCAGUGCCAGCAUCAUCUGGAUAUGCAGCACCAAAGGCCUCCGCUGCUUUAUCGUAUUCAGCACCGGCAUCGUCUGGAUCACCCGCUGCUUCAUCGUAUUCAGCACCUGCAUCGUCAUCGGGAUAUUCAGCAUCUAAGUCCUCUGCUGCAUCUUCUGGUUAUUCUGCUCCUGCCUCGAAAUCAUCGGGUUAUGCUCGCAUGUAUAUGGAUGAAAUCCUCGGUAUGGCAAGGACAGCUGGUGGCUACGGAUCUGCUGCACCCUCUCCAGCCUACGGAGGAGCUUCGGUCCCCUCUCCGCCGUGCCCCAAAAACUAUGUAUUCAGCUGUGCGAGCGUAUUUACUCCAGCGCCCUGCAGUCAGGGAUACGGAUACUAGAUGUCCAGGCAAGACCACUGACCAAUUCGAUUCGAUUUCGAACUUAAUAAAAUGUAUAAAAGAAAAA